ACGGGAGAGGGGGCUCAGACUGCAUUAAACCUGUGUGGAGCUGAGUUUGCGCUUCAAACUCAACUUUCACGAUGUUGCUGGCUAUAGUCUGUGCUACCCUGGCGUUUUCUUACCACGUAUCGGGCGGAGUGUUUGUAAAGAAAGAUGACGCACACGUGUUGCUGCACCGCUCCAGACGCGCGAAUACGGGCUUCUUGGAGGAAAUGAAGCAGGGCAACCUGGAGCGCGAGUGCAUCGAGGAAAUCUGCGACUACGAGGAGGCCCGCGAGGUGUUCGAGGACGACGCCAAAACGAAAGCAUUUUGGAUGGAAUACAAGGAUCGUGACCCCUGUCUUGCUAAUCCAUGCCUGAAUAGAGGGAUAUGUAUUUACGUGGCCAAUUCAUACGAGUGUGUGUGUCCUGAUGGCUUUGAGGGGAAAUACUGCCAAGAAGUGGUUGAGGACACGCUGAAGUGCCUGUACCUGAAUGGAGGGUGUCAGCACUUCUGCAAUGGCACAGGUGUGCGACGCAGGUGCGAGUGUGCUGAGGGGUACGCCCUCGGAGACGAUAGGAAGGAGUGUGUUGCUCAAGUGCAGUAUCCCUGUGGCAGCAUCCCACUCCUGAAUAAGACAGCCCAAAUGCAAGUGAGGGUUGUGGGCGGGAGCCACUGUCCCAAAGGGCACUGCCCCUGGCAGGUUCUGUUGGAGUACAAAGGACGCAGCCUCUGUGGAGGGGCCAUAGUUCACCCUGACUGGGUCAUCACUGCUGCUCACUGCGUGGACGGGAGCAAGGUCACAGAGCUAAGGGUGGUCGCAGGGGAACAUGACCUGCAGGUGGAGGAGGGCACAGAGCAGAGGAUUCCUGUCGCCCAGGUGAUCAUGCACGAGCGCUACGAUGCCGCGUCGGGCGACAGCGACAUCGCCCUGCUUCGGCUGCAGGAGCCGGUGGUGCUCUCGCCCCACGCUGUGCCUGUGUGCCUGCCGCGGCAGGACUUCUCCGAGCGCGAGCUGGCGGCCGUCCGCUUCUCCACCGUCAGUGGCUGGGGGAGCCUCACCGAGGGGGGGAAUGCCUCGCCCCCGGGCCCGCCCCGGCCACUCUCACCCGUCCUGCGCAGGCUGGCCGUGCCCCGUAUCCCAAUGGCGGAGUGCGCCCUGAGCAGCGGGGUCAACCUCACCCGAAACAUGUUCUGCGCCGGGUACCUGGAGGGGACACAGGAGUCCUGCCAUGGGGACGACGGCAGCCCCCUGGUCACCCAGUUCCAUGACACUGCCUUCCUGACGGGCGUGGUCGGGUGGGGCAGGGGCUGCGCCCGCCCGGGUUACUAUGGCAUUUACACCAAGGUGGAUAAUUUCCUGGACUGGCUGUGGGAGCACAUGAGUGCACCCCCCACCGUGGGCGUGGCAGCUGCAGGGACGCAGAACCACACUGCCCCCCACCCUGAGGCCUCCACAGCACCCCCUGCUGACCAAAAGAAGACACAACUCUAACGUCGCUCUCACAGCACAUACCCUACACCUGAUGUAACUCUUUAUGUGUUUUAUAUCUUCUGUCACAUUUAAAAGAGCAUGGCAUGAACAGCUUCUUCACAUUCUGAUGAGGAUAUGAUGUGAAAAGACAGUCAUGUGGAAAUAAAACGUCACAU